GAUUAAGCAAAGUAAUAUGUAGACGAGCUGAUCCCUUACAAGGACUGCUUUUACAAGCACAUGUACGAAUACAAGUACAUCGCCCUUUUGGACAUCGACGAGGUGAUCAUGCCGCUGGAGGGCACCACCUGGAAGGGCCUCAUGGACAAGGUCCUGCCCAAGGCCCUCAAGAUCAACAAGGAGGAAAGGGCGUCUUACAACGUCCGCAACGUCUACUUCCUGGACGAUCUACUCCACAACCACGGCUGGUUCAAGGAGAUCCCCAAGUACAUGCACAUGCUGCAGCACGUCUACCGGGCCAAGAACUUCACCAAGCCCGGGCAGUACGUCAAGUGUUUCCACAAUACGGAAAAAGUGCUCACUUUGCACAACCAUUUCCCGCUCUCGUGUCUGGGAAGUGGGUGUACGUCGUAUCCCAUUGAGACAAGUGACGCUCAACUGCACCACUACCGCGCCGACUGCGUCAAAACGCUGAAGAAGAGCUGCGAGGAGUACAGGAAGACGAGUGUGAUGGACACCACCAUUUGGAAGUUUAAGCAGCCGUUGGUGGGGCGCGUGACGGCCACUUUGCGGACUUUGGGAUAUUUUGCCAAUCAGGAGAAGGACAAUAAGCGGUGAUGAUUGCGUGCUCAAUUUACAAGUUCCAGAAAAUUGUGAUAAAUUGUUGGAUGCCAUGGAGGUUUUUUGCUCAAUUUGGUUGCGUUUUGCGUAGGUUAAGGCAUCGCUCGAGUGUAUAUAGAUGAGGCGAGUUUGCAUUGUGCCUUUAGGUAGUAGAUGUAAGGAUUAACUAUUUAUUCUAUGUAAGUUAUUUAUAAACGCAUUAAGAGGAAUAAAACGAUUUUUAAAUUA